AUGGAUAGUCAAGGACUUUCGCCUCGAGAGGGAUUGACAAGUGAGACGGUCGAAGACGAUGCGGGUCAGGCCGCACUGCCACUGUCCAGAGUUCGAACAAUCAUCGGUACCGUUCCCGAUGCUCUGCCACUUUCUGCCGAGGCGUUGUUCUGUAUCGCUAAGGGUGCCGAGUUGUUCAUGGAGAAUCUGGUGAAGAACGUCGCGAGACAAUAUGGCGACCAUAUCGACUACGACGAGGUCGCUGAAUACGUGUUGGAGAACGACGAGCUGGAAUACAUGCAUGAUUUCUUCCCCAGGCGCCAAACUUAUGAGAUGGCUCUGAAUCAUUCGAGAGCUAGAGAGGAAGAGUAG